UGAACUACAAUAAAUAUGUUGAGUCAAGAAAUGGAACCAGAGUUGGAUGAUGGUGAGGAUCACUGGGAACACCAGAACAUCCAAACACUAUUGAAUAUGUAUUUGCAAAACAUUGACAAGUUUAGAAAUCCUAAAAUUAGGAAAAAAAGUGUCUGGGUUGAUAUAUCGAACGCCGUAGGCAAAGGCCCUGAUUGUUGCGAUAAGAAAUUCAGAAAUUUAAAACAAACCUACAUUAGACUGCUUAAGAAGAAGAAUAGAAAUGGCACGGCCAAUGUCAAAUGGCCUUACUUUGAAAUUUUUGAAGAAAUAUACAGUGAUAAUGGUGAAUACCAGCCAGACAUACAACAGAAAAUAGAAGAGAGUGCAACAGAGCGGACCGUUGCUAAAGCUUUGUUGACAAUGAAUUCAGCUUCUAAAUUUGAACCGCAGAUACCAGAGAAUGGGGAAAGUUCAAGUGGGCAAAAUGAAGAAAUGAAAAAGAGGUUGACUAGAAAACGGCAUGCGGAGUUCCGUAAGGUUACUCUAGAAAUGAGAGAUCGGCAGAGGUUGGUGGAGGAGAAGCUUGAUAGGCUAAUUUAUAUAGUGGAGGAAUCUAAUAACAUACAGAAAGAGAGGAACCGACUAUUUGAACAGUUUUUGGAGAGACUUAACCAAACACAAUGAAUGUUUUU